CCUGUGAGAGGCUGGUGGUGGAGCAGAGCGGAGUGAAGCUGCUUGGGAACAAACCUGCUGGAGUUUGAAGUGAAAGCAGCCGGCGAACUCUUGCUCCUGUGCGGUUCUUGCUACCUGUUAAACCCGCUCUCUUCAAACUGUCCAACCGUCCGCCCCGGUGACGCGAGCCCAUGGACUACUAAAGACACUUUUAACAACAACUUUACAGCGAGCAGUCGAAAGCACCGCCGCACCUUCGCCCGCACGUCAGCCACAGCCUCAACAGAAGCAGCGACCAUGGGCAAACAGAACAGCAAGCUCCGUCCUGACGUCAUGCAGGACCUGGUGGAGAACACGGACUUCACCGAGCCCGAGAUCACCGAGUGGUACAAGGGCUUCUUGAGGGACUGCCCCAGCGGUGCGCUGUCCAUGGAGGAGUUCAAGAAAAUCUAUGCCAACUUUUUCCCCUACGGAGACGCCUCCAAGUUCGCGGAACACGUCUUCCGCACGUUUGACGCCAACGGCGACGGGACUAUAGACUUCAGGGAGUUCAUUAUUGCUCUGAGCGUGACCUCGCGCGGUCGACUGGACCAGAAGCUGAAGUGGGCGUUCAGUAUGUAUGACCUGGACGGCAACGGAUACAUAAGCAGAGCAGAGAUGCUGGAGAUUGUAACGGCCAUUUACAAGAUGGUUUCCUCUGUGAUGAAGAUGCCCGAGGACGAGGCCACACCUGAGAAGCGCACAGAUAAGAUUUUCAGGCAGAUGGACACAAAUCGAGAUGGUAAGCUGUCACUAGAGGAGUUUGUUGAAGGAGCGAAGAGCGACCCCUCCAUUGUGCGACUGCUUCAGUGUGACCCCAGCAGUGCUGGGCAGUAAGAAGCUGGACUUUUCCCUUUUACAAUGAUUAAUUCAACAAAAGUUCAAAAUCUCUCCCAGUCGACCCACCUGAGAUUAUUGACACAUGAGCUAUAGGGGCACAUGCACAUACACACACACACACACACAAAUGCAGCAGUACAUACGAGCAAUACCAACUACCAUGCACUUGUAACGCACACAUUGUACAUGCGCCGCUAUGCCAGGUCAAAAGCAGCAGAAAACGUGGGUCACCUACGGUACACAAAUAACUCGAGGGACUGAAAUCCCAUCACGGACUUGAAUCACGGACGCUGAAUCAGGGCUGUGUUGUCUCUGUUGGAGAAGACAAACGGUGAGGAUAAUCCCACAGAUUCACGAGGAACACUGAGCCGAAUCCAACUUUGCCAUUUUAUUCUUGUCAUUUCUUUUUAUUUGUUAUUUUUGGAAGCGUUCUUCCUGAUUUUAAAUGCUCUGGGUUUUUCUCUCCCCUCUCUCUGUGUCCGACACAAAGUAUUAAGAUCGAACUCCAUGUUAACACUGAAUGAAAUGAAGAACAUGAGACGGGGACUGUACUGUGUUUGCAGCUCACAUUAUGACCAAGUCUGGCUAGGAGACCUGGAAACGUGUAGUUUUUAAUCAAAACAUCAAAGGGAUGAACAACAACGACGACGACUUCUUUUUAAAUGUAUGUCUUUGGAGAAAUGUUACUAACAACCAAAACUCACUCAAAUUUCCAAAUGAAGGGCAAACUUCUGACCACAGAUGAUGUCAUCUGUUCUUUGAAAGUGACUUUUUAUGCCAAGUUUUAUGUCCACGGACGACAUUUUCUCACACGCACACACUUCACUGAUCAAAACUUGACAUUUGCAUAAAAACUGAGCUGUGAUGAUCUUUUUUUCUCCUCAAAAUAUGGUUAAACAAGUAUAUAAGCAAAAUCAAAGAAGUUAGAUGUUCUAAGAAUACAUAGUAUAUGUAUUUGUAUAUUCUUCUACUGUGUGGUUACACUGUGGCUGAGAUUCACUGAUAAAAGAAACGGUGAACGACGGAUAAAUUAUUGGAAUAUGAUGAUUAACGUUUUAUUUUUCUUUGACUUGACGAAUACGAUAUGAAAAAAAGUUGUACAGUAUACUCAUUCAUAUUUAUGCUAGAAUGUUUGAUUUGGUUUUUGUUUUUUUAAAUGAGAGGAACACACAUUGUGCUAUGGAUUAAACAUCUUCUCUCGCUCUAUCUCACUGUGGAUUUACGAUUUCCCAGGAAACUGGUAAAGAUUUGCAGUCACUCUCUAUAUCCUGCGUGUUCACUAGGGAAGUUACUCCGUCUCACCAGAUUUGGAAAAACAGAUUAUAUAAUCAAAACACUUUUCAACUUGUCAGAUUUUCAAUGUCUCAUUUUCACAUUUAUAUUCCAAUCUUCUUUUUAUUCUUUUUAAUAUAGAAUGUUCUUUAUAGUCGGCAUGCUCAUUUCCAACAAACCAGUUGUACAUUUUGAAUAAUUUGUGGUUAAAAAAAUAUCAAAUACAUCAUCUGGGAUAUGAACGAUAAUCCACUUUACUUUGUGUAUCUGGAUGUUUAAUGUGUCUUUCAAAUUUUACCACAUUGAAUAUAUGCAAUUUUAAAAAUGCCGGAAAAUAAAAGUGAAAGUGAGAUAUUAAAAUUCAAUUCAGACGGGGGGUGGUUGGCCACUCGACACGGAGGUCAACGGUUCAGAUGCCGGUUCAACCGAGAACCUUUUCAGUGUGUAGUUUGCAUGUUUGCGUGCAUGUUUUUCAUUAACCCAGAAUGAGCCUUUUACAUUUAUGAGGCGCCACGUCAAGUCUAUGGAGUUUUUACAGUAGCCCACAAUGGACAAACUUAACAUCUUUUGAGUUUUUGAUGCUAACUGAAGGCUACAUACUAUAGUUUCUCUAACACGGUUUGAAGUGAAGAGGGAGGCGAGGAAUAUUCAGCUGCAACAUGACACUCCACCAAUAUGUGGCAAACUUUCACAAACAACCUUCUUUUUUAAUUGGCAUUUACAGUUUUUAUAAUAUCUAAUCCAGUCAUUUGGACCAGUAUCAGUUCAUCCCGCAGCGUCUAAACAGUCUAAUGAUGUUUAAAGUGCAGCGGAAAUGUCUGAAAAUCCCGUUUUUGUCCACAAACGUGACACAAGUCAUCUUCUUCGUACAUCGUUAGAAACGUCCACAUCCACCAAGCCCGUCAUUUACCCAUCAGUUUUGGACAGUCACGUGUUCACAGGUAGAUAAACACAUACGUCAAGAUACUGUGGGUUUCUGCACAUUUCAUGUAGGUGAUGAGGGACUCCAGUCCCAACUUUCACUUCACUAGCAUCUUGUGGUCAAGUGCCAAAUACAGAUGAAUCAAUGAAAGGAGGAAAAAAAAAAAGCACAGUAUUAUUAUUAUCCCUGUAUACACUGUACAGUUGUUACUACCUGUUGAACAAAAACAAGGACUUUGUCACUGUAUCAUUUUUGUAGAUUUUGUAUUGUUACAUUGCAUCAUGUGUUCUGUGUAGGACGUCCAUUUUGUUAUUCAAAUAAAGGCAAAGUGGGAAAAUG